AUGAAUGAUGUGAUGAGCUUAGGUGACAAACAUUGGUACAAGGAUGGAGGAGAGAGAAAAGAGGUGCGAGGGGGAGGGAAGGGCAAGAAGAAAGGUGAUCUAAACGAGCGGAAAACCGGAACAAAGCGGAUUAAAAUUAGGAAAGGUAAUGUUGUUGGAAAGACAACUGCGAAUGAAACAUUGAACGGAGUACUGCUGACCGUUGACGAUGCGACAUCAACAACAGUUUACCACUAA